CAGCGGGAAGCUGGUGGGAAAGAAGUCCUCAUAGAGGUCGUAAGGAGCGAUCCCUCCCCAGUGUGGAGUUAAUAAAGGGCCCUCCCUUCCCUCCCUCCCUGGGAGGGGAGGAGAAGAAAGGACUGCACGGAGCUCCAUGAUCCAGCCCGAGUCCAGAUCGACAGAGGGGGGUACACCAUGACUCUCUUCUGACAGUUGUUUCCUUCCUCCAGCCCUCGCACUUAGUAAACUUCAGUUUGUGCCGUGUGUGUGUGCGUGUCAUAUCAUAUGAACUCAUCCUGCCUCCUGUGAACGCUUCGCAAACAGGCGGCUUCUCAGGAAAACUUCGUCCAGCUGGUCCUGCUUCGGGAACAUGGGCAAGCGUCCCUUCGCUCUCCAGAUCUUUGCACUGAUUGCGUUCGCCGCCGGAGUUUGCGGUGAGGAUAUCUGUGCUACAAGAGGUGUGAACUCAUGCCAACAGUGCUUGUCUGUGAGUCCACGCUGUGCUUGGUGCUCUCAGGAGGGCCUGUCCCCGGGAUUCUCUCGCUGUGACUUGAAGGUCAAUCUCUUGAACAAUGGCUGUCCAAGUGACUUUAUUGAAGAUCCAGCCAGCAGCACCAGUAUUCUGGAGGCCAGACCCCUCAGUGAUAAAGGCUCAGGAAAGAACGUUGUCCAAAUGACACCGCAGAAGAUUCGGCUCCACCUGCGGCCAGAUGACUCCCAAACCUUCUCAGUUCAAGUGCGCCAAGUAGAGGACUACCCUGUGGACAUCUACUACCUUAUGGACCUGUCUAAUUCCAUGAGGGAUGAUCUCCGCACCAUCCAGACCUUAGGUACCAGGCUUGCCACAGAAAUGCGUGAGGUGACCAGCAACCUGAGGAUUGGCUUUGGAGCGUUUGUGGACAAGCCUAUGGCUCCUUACAUGUACAUUUCCCCUCCAGAAGCCAUCAAAAAUCCAUGCUACGAUUUGAAACCACCAGAUAACCACUGCCUGCCAAUGUUUGGCUACAAGCAUGUCCUAGCGCUCACGGAUGAGGUGGAGCGUUUCAAUGAGGAGGUGAAGAAGCAAAAUGUGUCGAGGAACCGUGAUGCUCCCGAAGGAGGGUUUGAUGCCAUCAUCCAAGCAAUUGUCUGUGAUGACAAAAUUGGCUGGAGGCAGGAUGCCUCUCACUUGCUGGUCUUCACUACAGAUGCCAAGACACACAUUGCUUUGGAUGGGAGACUCGCAGGAAUUGUGACACCCAAUGAUGGGCAAUGCCACAUCGACAACAACAACUUCUAUGCAGCUUCUACCACACUGGACUAUCCAUCGCUUGGUCUCAUGGCAGAGAAAUUGUCCCAGAAAAACAUCAACUUGAUCUUUGCUGUGACUCACACCAUUGUGGCUCUUUACCAGAGCUACAGUGAGCUGAUCCCUGGCACUACUGUGGGGAUCCUGUCGACAAAUUCCAACAAUGUUUUGCAACUCAUUUUGGAUUCAUAUAGUAAAAUCCGUUCCAAGGUCGAACUGGAAGUACGGAACCUUCCAGAGGAAUUGUCCCUGUCAUUCAAUGCCACCUGCCUGGAUAAUGAAGUCAUUCCUGGAGUUAAGUCCUGUGUUGGUCUGAAGAUUGGAGACACAGUGAGCUUCAGUAUCGAGGCAAAGGCGCGUGGUUGCCCUCAGGUACAGAAGAGGACGUUUACCAUCAAGCCAGUGGGCUUUGAGGACAGCCUGACAGUGGAGGUGAACUUCGAUUGCGAUUGUAGUUGCCAGCAGGAUGCCCAGCCUAACAGCGACAGCUGUAACCACGGCAACGGCACCUUUGAGUGCGGGAUGUGCCGCUGCUACCCGGGCCGGCUAGGCUUCCACUGCGAGUGCUCGGAGGAGGAUUACAGUCCUUCCCAGCAGGACAACUGCAGCCCCCGUCUGGGGGAACCUCCCUGCAACCAACGUGGGGAAUGCAUCUGCGGCCAGUGUGUUUGUUACAAUAGUGGCUUUGGCAAGUUCUCUGGCAAGUACUGCGAAUGCAACGACUUCUCCUGUGUCCGCUUCAAGGGAGAGCUGUGCUCUGGUCAUGGGAAAUGCGUCUGCGGUGAUUGUGACUGUGACCCUGACUGGACAGGAGCCUACUGCAACUGUACCACUCGGACUGAUACCUGCAUGUCUGGCAAUGGGCUGGUUUGCAGUGCUCAUGGGUACUGUGCCUGUGGGAAAUGUGUCUGCACCCAGCCUGGCUCUUUUGGGGACACCUGUGAGAAGUGUCCAACCUGCCCUGAUGCCUGUACCAUCAAGAAGGACUGUGUAGAAUGUAAGAAGUUUGAGAGGGGGACCCUGAUGGAGAAAGAUACCUGCAACCGUCACUGCCGUGAUGAAAUUGAGUUGGUGCAGGAGCUGGGAGACAAGAAGAAUGCUGUGAACUGUACUUACAAGGAUGAGAAUGAUUGUGUGGUUCGUUUCCAGUACUAUGAGGACUCCAGUGGCAAGUCCAUCCUCUAUGUUGUUGAGGAACCAGACUGUCCCAAGGGGCCAGACGUACUUGUAGUUCUCCUUUCAGUGGCUGGAGCCAUCUUGCUUAUUGGCUUGGCUACCCUGCUCAUCUGGAAACUGCUCAUCACCAUCCAUGACCGCCGGGAGUUUGCCAAGUUUGAAGAAGAGCGGUCCAAGGCUAGAUGGGACACGGCUAACAACCCAUUGUACAAGGGAGCCACUUCCACAUUCACCAACAUAACAUACCGUGGGAAUUCAUGAAGGGAGAUGAGGCCUUGCAGGCCCUUCCCCAUUCAUGUUUACAGAACAGCCUGUGCUGGGGUGCGUGUGUGUAUGUGUGUGUAUGUAUGUAUGUAUGUAUGCUGGGUGGGCUGUAUUUUAAUGACAAUUGCUUAAGUUGUUUGAGGGCCUUUGCUCUUCAUUGCUCUGCUGUCACGCAAGAAUGGCUGCACACGAUCCUCUCAAGAUCCUCUGCUUACCUCAGCUCGCUCCGUAUUGCGAGCCAGACUUAUACACUGAAGAAGGAGAAAGCAGGUCUUUCUCUACAGUGGGGACAGCACUGUAUAAAUCUCUGGGGCCCACAGGACACUCUGCUUGGGAAAAAAAAUCAGGGGCAAAAAUGUUGGGGUAUGUAACCUAGUUCAGAAGGGUUUAAAAAAAAGAAAGAAAGAAAGAAACAGUGAUGUUUGGGGUGGGCAAUGGUUCAGCAACAAAGUUCUCCAACUUGGAAUAGCUGAGUUAAUUGCAAGUUAAGCCCAAACACCCUCUGAAAUCCAGUCCUAGUUGAUAAUGACUUGUCUAGUGCUAUCCAUCUCCCUUUCCCAUCCAAGCUUUACUGGGCAGUGGCCUUGGUGCCACCAGUUAAGUUUUGGGGAAGAGAAGGGGGUGGGGUGGGGGCUUCAUGUUGGGUUUGAGAGGCUACCUCAGGCUUAUCACACUUCCUAAGAUCUCACUGGGAGUGCAGUAGGGGUGAACUUCAAAAGAGACUCAGAAAUAGAAAGUAUUUUUUUCUGGAUUUGGUUUAAAAAAAUUACUUCAACCCAUUUUGAACUUUGCUGAGGGGAAGCUCACCUCUCUCUAGUUUUUACUGCAUGGGACAGAAAGUCUUACAUAUUUGUUUUUAGAAUAUAUCUUCUGUUUUCUUUCUCUCCAGAAUCAUGGCUGUCUGGUAUUUAAUUUCUUAAAAGAGAGAGGUGUUAGUGUGUGUGUACCUUCAAACUUGCCUUGAAACUACACUCUGUGACACACACACACACACCCCAUAUAAUUUAUAGAGAGGCUCAUGAGGGGCUCAGAUGUCUUCACUUUAGUUUGGUGAAGACAGAAAAGGCACUCCGCACAUUCUCAUUCCUUUUGCAUUAUGAUUUUUUAUUUUCUAAGGCUGAGCCCUGGCUCAAAUUAUGUUUGGGUCAAUACUUCACACAAUAGAUCUCACCUUGAAUAUAUGGUCGUGCUGGGGUGGCUUUGUGAAGGGCCCCGAUAGUUCAGUGGUAAAGCAUACACUGAAAGCCCCUAACUCAAUUACUGGCAUCUCUAGUUAAAACCUGAGUAGUAGUGCUGGGAAAGGCCUUGCUGUACCUCAGACCCUGAAGAGCUGCUGCCAGAGUGGGCCAUAGGGAGCAAAAUAGACCUGUGGUCCAACUCAUAGUAAGGCAGUUUCAUACGUACCACAUAAACCUAGAGUGCUCUUGUCAAGAUGUGAUGUGUGUCCCUCUGAGCCUUCAAUAUGUUGCCCCAUACCUUACAAUCUCUGGAGGUGCCCCCGUUACCCCCAUGGGGUCUUCUCAGGUCCUACUUUAUUUUCAGGACCCAAAGAGUCACCUUCAGGUGAUGAGACAUUUGCAUUUUGGGUGACGGAAAAGCUCCUACCAAAAUUGUCCUCAGGUUUGAGCCUGCCAUUAAAGAGGGGGCCCGCCCAAUGGACCCUUUCUCUCUGGGCUCUAGUUGCUCCAGCUAAUGCCCAAAGUUGCUCUCUAGUUGCUCCAAAGUGUAUAAAUACGGGUCAAAAGAUUCCCCUGUGGACUGUGAUCUCCCACAGAAUCACAUACGUUCACAGCUGGCCACUCGCACAGGAAACGUUCUCAAAAGCCUCUGUGGUUGCUCACCUCUGGAAACCCACAGACCUUUCUAGAAGUAGGAACGGCAGCACACAUAUUUUCACUCUUCCUCUUUCCUGGAGCCCAGUCCACAUGCUGCCCACGCCAGCACAUCCACGGCACUAAUGCUUUCUCUCACACCCAGGAGCCACCCCACCCCUCCCCCCGCCUCAGCCAAAGAGUUUGCACAUUUAUGACACACACAUCUGCCUCUGGGAUUAAGAAGACUUAUUGCUACAAUUAGCACAAUAUAUUUGAAGUAGGAGAACAUGGGUUUGCUAUUUAAGAAAGCUGAGGUUCCCUCUUAGUGUUUUUUCUUACAAAGAAAGCUCACACGGUACCAGCUUACAUUUACAGAGGGGAUAUCCCUUUGUAUUCCUCAUUCCUCCCCUUCCCUCUUUCAGUAAUGCACAAUCCUUUCAAAAAGUUAUCAGCUGGUGUGGAUUGCUAGCAGGAGAAGUGAAGUAAGUCUAUUGUGGCAAUGUGUGGCAGAUCCUAAUAAAAUCAGAUUUGUCUCAGCCCACUAA